CUGUUUGAUGUAGCUUAGUGGCAAUCAAAUCGAAAACAAAAUGGCGGGUUUAAAGGAUCAGACAGAAAAGAACAAUAUUUUUGAGCAAAAUUUUUCUCAGUCUGAACCUACUGAAAAGGACAAGGAAACAGUAGCACAACUUGAACAUAAAGAAAAACAGUUUUCUGUGAACGAUGCCCAAUCUAUUGAAGAAAUUGACACAGCAGCUGAAGCAAAAAAUUUAUUGAACACGAAAAUUCCAAAUCAGGACAAGCCAAAAAGCGAACCAUUCCCAGUUUUGCCGUGCCUGCCCACAUCAUCGAAAGUAACUUCUAGCGGCGGCUCAGGAUGGGGAUCGUGGGCGGCAUCGUUGCUAACAAACGCCCUUCAGUUAGACGAAGAUGAUGACGACCCGACAACUGUCCCCGUGUCAUCCGACGGUCGAAGCGAAGUUGUGUCGGCACAGCCGGAAGUGAAUCUACCGAAGGAGCAGAUGAAAAUAGAGAGAGGAAAUACUAAGGAAGAGGAAAAUGAUGAUUCUGAUGACAAGGAUGAAGAUGGAGGGGGAUAUGGGGACUAUCUGACGGGUUUAUCUGGUUGGGGUGCAGGAUGGGUUACUGGAGCUCUCGAACAAGCCAAGCAACAGAGCGCAGUUGCUGCAGAUUUCCUGAAACGGGACUUGAACGAGUUUGCAAAUGUGGUGAAAAAAGAUACAUCUGAUCUGGCAAACACGACGACCAGGACGCUGCAGACGACGCUCAAUGUUAGUGAUGAGUCGAUGGGCAAAUUCAAAGGGGAUGUAUCUAGUUUCUUGGGAACUGUCAAGUCCACUCUGUAUACUACGACUGCGCAGUUUUACGAAGAUGAGGAGAGAGUUUCAAGUGGUAGUGGAACGGGGCAGCGCAGAACGACCGAGAACACUUUAGAGGCAAAACUAGAUUCACUCUUCAAGGACCCCAAAACAUACACUACCAACCCAACAGAGACUGAGGCGUUCGAGGUCUUCUGUGCGACGUUCAAGGUGGACUCGAUGAAGAACGAGAUCUCCUCUCUCCUCAUAUCACACUCAGAUGUUCGAAUACUCUACUCGCGACUCGUACCUUCCCAGGUGAGUCACAUGGACUUCUGGUCCAGGCUGUGGUUCAAGAGACAGGCAUUGGAGUCUGAGGCAGAAAGGAAGACGGAGCUACUCUCCAAAGUGCAAACUUCUCUCCACGGAGACUUGGAAGAUUGGGGGGAUGACGACGAAGAAGAUUACGAGGAGGGUCAGGGCGAAGACGACGGGGAGGGGAAUAAGACGCAGAAUUCAGAAAUUUCUGAGAGCGCUUCAAAAGGUCAACACAACGAGACUUUGAGUGAAACAGAUGAUAUUGAGGCAAACAUCAGAAAGGCAAAUGCAGACCCUGACACUUCAGUGGUAUUAUCAGUGGGGGAGGACACAACCACGGGGACAGACGGGGAUGAAGAUGGAAAUGUAGAACUUACAGUACAUAUCGACAAUGAAGAGGACUCGGACAAGAUGGAAACACCACCCGAUUCCUCAACAAGUGACGAGUGGGAAAAAGAUUUCGAAGAUUGCAGAUCGUAGACAAAUAUCACUCGUAAAAAUGAAAAUUGAAAUGAGAUUCCUCACGAUACGAUGGUCGUUGAUUGGGUACAAUAACGUGCUCUCAUGUGUGAAGAAAUUGGAAAAUAAUAGUAUUAGCAUCUUAUCUAGAUUUAGUUUUUAUAUCAGCAAGUAUCGAUUCAUUUGUAACAUAAACCACAACUCUCAGUUACUUCAAAAUUGUGCAUAUUUGUGUAGCAAAAAAUAUUUUGGAUUUGGUGCAAACUCACCAGUGUUUCAGAAGAAAACUAUUUGGGGCUUAUUUAUGAAUCUGUAUGCUAUAAUUUAACUCUUUCCGGAAA